UUCCGCUUCCUGUUUCUUGCCUCUGCCCCACCUCCUCCCCCUUCGGGUAGCAUGUCGGUCUACCACGAUGAGGUGGAGAUCGAGGAUUUCGAGUACGAUGAGGAGACCGAAACCUACAGCUACCCGUGCCCCUGCGGGGACCGGUUCCUCAUCACGCGGGAGGACCUGGAGAACGGCGAGGAUGUGGCCACUUGCCCCAGCUGCUCCCUAAUCCUCCGUGUCAUCUAUGACCAGGAGCAGUUCAUGCGUGAUGAAGUUGUCGCAGAACCUUUGACAAACAAGGAGUUGAUCAAGUGCUGAUGAGUACAUCAUGAACUGUUGCUGCUCUAGAACAAGGAAGUAUGGGGAUGGCAACUGCGGAAAGAGACGUGGUCCUCCUGGAAGUGCUUGCUGCUCUGAGAUACAAGUGCAAUAAUUGUCUUCCUAAUUUGAAUGAGUAUUUGCUGGCACAUCAACACAUUAAUAAGAUUUGUUCAAAGGGGUUGUACGUUAAAAAAAAUACAUGAGGUGCCAUAUGUAUUCCAGAAGACUUCAGAUUAUGGUCUAAUUGAUAACAAGUCAAUAUGAAAGAAGUGUGCAGAGUUGUGAAAUUAUAAUAUUUAUCUAGCAGUGGCUUCUUAGUGGGGUGGAGAAAAGCAGGCAACGUGUAGGCCAGGGAGAGCUGAAAUGGUAGGAGACAAAAUUCAGAAGUCCAUAGGACAUGGUGUCGUACAGAAUUACAGUUUUCACACAGCAUGGUGUCACCUAGGAUGUGGGCUUGUGUAUUUCCAGCCCAUACUGAAUAUUGGGGAAAACAAGAGGCCCAGAACCAAUGCUGUUGGUAAAUUGUUUUUACUACUGCAAGCACAAAGAAGGUGCAAAUUGUAUUUCUAUUUGCAGUGGUGGCAACACCUGAGUCAGGGCAAAUUUGUUUCUUAAAUUGCAUUGAAACAACUUUGGUAGCUGCUAUCAAAUGCCUGUCUGACUUAAUAAUGAUGUACUUGUGGGUGUUUUAUGAAAUGAAACAAUCACUUUUUCUACCCCUGCAAAGCUAGUAAUGCGCAAAUGGAUUGUAGUUUACCUGUAUUUUCUCAACAACUUUGUGAUUUGACUGUUGCAGCAGAUAUAAAAUGUGCUGCAGUUCUUUGUGCCGUUUGUAGUAGUACAUUUGCUAGAUAUCUCAGUCUUCCUGUGUUAAUUUCUGUCAUUUUCUGCAUAGGAGAUGCAUACAUUUGGCUUAAUUAGUAAAAAAGAGUUUUUUAGGGUAGAAGAGAAUUGGAAUGCUGUGCUGCAAAGUACAUUGAUUCCGGGACUGCUUCUUGUAUUUUACAAGCCACUGCAUUUAAAUAUUUAUUUAAAAUUAUAACAUGGUUAUUCACAUGUUCUAGUAGGAUUUGACAUCUAUGAAGUUAAAUUUGGGGAAAAAUAGUUGUGCAGGAUUUAUACAGUUGUUUUGCUCCAGGCACUAAAGAUAAGUAAGUCUUACAGAAUUAUUGCAUUUAACUAUUUUUGUUCUUAGCAAUGUUCUAUGAAUGUUGAAGAUGAACAUCCUAACUAUUUUUUUUUAAAAAAAAAAAGGGAAAAAAACCCGAACCCUACACCCUUCAGUUAGGAGUAUUCUGCUCUGGUGGACACAACCCAAAGUGUUUUCAUGCCUAAACCAGAAGGUGGCACUCAUGUUACUUCGGUAUCUGUGCUUCAAAAAACCAAGCUGUGGUACUUUGGUUAGCUAUAUCUUAUGAAAUAUUUAUUUUGGCUAUUUAAAUAAAGAUAUUUAAAACUCCACCGAUGCUUAUGAUGAGCCACUGCUUAUUCUGGUUUGAGGUGCUGCUGCUGCUGUGGUAAUGAUACUGGAAAUUGUCUGGGUUAGCUAAUAAAAAUUGUUUCAGUCUAUGCUGUAAAGAAAGAUUGCAGGAACCCUAUUUAAGCUUCGGUUCUAUAGCAUAAAUAUCUUGAGGGUUUUUCCACAAGUUUUCUACUCUAUAAAUAGAGUGAAUUUCAAAUGGAACACCAGGGAAUGUGUGCUCUGAUGUAGUAGUUACAUCAAAGUAAAUUGCCAAGUGUAGCAUCUCUAAAGAUGCAUAGAUUUGCUGAACUAAUUUGUCAAGAUUUCAUUUUGUAAUGAAGGUAAGGUGCUGUCAUAAAGACUUUAAUGAAGCUUGUGCAGAGAGUCGUUUAUAGUACAUAUGAUUGGGUUCCCACAUGGUUGCGGAAAGUGUUUGUCAAUUGAAUUUUGCUUGACAUGCUAAUACAAGCUUUGAAGUGAUUCUCUGUAGUGUUUCCUGCUCAUCUGAGGUAGAGGCAAUGGCUUUUUUAGAAGUAAUUUUAGCAAAAUUAAUUGCUUUAUUGCAUCAGUUGGGAGUGUCAGUGCUUAAGGUUUCAUGAUAAGCAUAUUCUUACAAGACAGGAAUAGAAUCCAGGUUGUAUAAUGUAAUUUAUAUGUGCACAUUAUUUGAUUACAUAGGAUAUAUGAAAACUUUCAGAAAGUAUGCAUUAUGCUUGCUUUUCUGGAGCUUUUUGCAGCAUAACAGCAGUAUUGUGGCUGAGUUUGUUAGAACGGGAUGUGGCCACAUUUGCCCACAUUAACUGCUCUCAGCUCAGUCUCAUUGCAGUGUCUUGAGGAUCUCGGUGUGCCCCAAAAAGGGACAAACCAAGGAUGGAUGUCACGUAUCUUCUGCUGACUUUUGGCAAUCUGAGAGAGGAUUUAAAAAUUGUUGAGCUGUUUUGGUCUUUCCUUUCUUCUGCUCUGUAUUGAGGAGUGAAGUUCUGUAGCAACGGAGUUCAUACUUCAGCGAUGCUUUAGCAAUGCUGAAGCCAAACAGCCGCUUGCUGUUCUGUUAACUUGUAAGAAGCUUUUAACUCCAGUGAUUGCAGACAGCUCUCUAAAAUUCUGUACUGUGUAGUUCCACACCAACAGUCAGGGCAAUCUGAGUAAUUCGUCAGAAAUGUUCCUCUUUGGGAAUUCAGUAACAAGGUUUCUUCAUAGCAUCACAGGCUCUUGCUUGGCAAUCAAGCGCCUUUAUGCAUUACUGUGUAUUAAACGUUCUUAGAACGUUAGAACCAACGGUUCACUUGUCUCCUAAACAGGCAAUUGCAUAGGACACACAGGUUUUGUGCUUGCUGUUUGUAUCUGACAAGAGGAUUGAUUGAUUAUGUAUUUGAUUAGGUUCUUGACUCUGCACAGACGAGUCCAGUGUGAUGAAAACAGCAUCGUGUGAGCAUUAAUGGAGUAAGUUGUAUUUCCUAGAAAUUAGAGUGAGUGGAACAACUAGUGGUCAACAUUCAAGCCCUGAAAAUGCUAACACUUAAACACCACUGAACUCCUGUCUAACCUUGAAAACAAGCAGUACAGUCUUACCGCAGUUUUAUGGGAAGAAAGGGAAGGUGAUUUGUUCUUCGUUAAACUGAAGGUCUUGUUCUACAGGCGGUCAAAUUCUUGUUUGCAUUUCAAAGAAACUUGCUGAGAAGGUGUGUACUUUUGGCUGAUUGUGCUGUAUUUCAGUGGCAUACGUGACUGGUUUUGAAUCUAGGAGUCUGACAGGCUCUGGGCCUCCAAGAGCUGAGGUCGUCAGGCCACUGAUGUCAGCUGUUGAACUUGUUUGUAUGUUGGGGAAGUGUUAAUCUUCUAAAGGACACUUAUGUAAAUACCUUGACAUUUCUUCCCUCCACCAUGCUCUUUAAUUUUCAUUCUCAGCACCAAUCAAAAAAAGACAUCUUAUGCCCAACAUAAGUUUAAUAAAGGUCAUUACAUGGAUUGCCAAGUGUGUCUACUAGGAAGCAGAUACUGAUUAUUUUCAAAUAAACCAUCAAAAUUUCAAUCAGAAAGUAAACUCAAAAUGUAAACAUAGUAAACUACAUAUUAUCACUAAUAAAUACAGUUUCUGUGUAGCCUGCUUCCAUCUCUAUUCCAGUGUAGUGUUCAGAUCAGUCUGAGUGUAGGGAUAGCUGUUUGUUACACUGAACACUUCUUGAAAUGCUUGUACAAAUAGGAUUUAUCAAGGUAUUUAGUAAAGUAAGGAACAUUUGCCAUUAUUUUCUCCUAGUACAGUUCCCUGUGGGUUGCUUUCUCUCUACAUUUACUUAGGACACAGCUUUGAUUCUGCUUCAUGGUAGCUAAAAAUACUGACAAUGUCUCGAUGUCUCUCCAUAGUGGUUGUGGCAUGGAGGAGACAGGGAGGAUCCAGAGGACUCUGUAAUCAUGAAGGUGCUGGGCUCAUUGGCCCUGAAACUGGUCAAACCUUUUGAGUGACUGGCAACAACUGACCCGAACUAUGCCAGGAUGGAAAACAGAUGUCUCAAUGUCAUCUGUGGUCAGGGAGGAAGUGGGUCAAAAGGGACUAACUGAAAGGGCAAGAGCUUCAGUGACCUGUCACCACUCCUUCCCACCCCUUGCCAUCGCCUGUUUGUAUACCAGGUCAUCUCUUCAGAAUUCUUGGCAGCUCACCAGACCAGCAGAGGCUUCCUGUCGUGUGAUGGAAAAUCAUUGCUGUGCCAUUUAUGCUGCUGCUGAGCAUAGUCAGCCAACAGAAGCUCACUCUGAAGAGUAGGUGGUACACGAAGGUCAGCAGCAGUGCUGCCCCAUCCAUUAGUGUCAUUAGCCAGGCAGGCAGGCAGUCACCAUAGCUACUCUAAGAAUCAUCUCUCAAAAAAAACGCCAAAUAAACAACAAAUUGGUAUUUUCUGCUUUAGGUUAUGUGCUGCAUUACGCAAAUCUAACCAGGUUAAGCAGAAAGUAAGGUGCUUGGUGAGUUCUUAAGAGCUCUGCCUGCGUGGAAAUUUGGUUUGAGCCAAAAGAUUGAUUGCCGUAUCCACUGAUAUGCUUUGAGGCAGGAAUAGCCUUGUGAGACCCUCAAUCUUGGCUUUCAAUGUCCAUCCUUGGCCUUGGUGUUCUUUAUCUUUCCUCUCUAUGUAGAAGGGAAGAGCUCUGCUGGUAUCUGGUGAUCUAAGGGAAUAAUGCAAAGUAUGCAAGAUAUUGGUGUUGGCAGCUUUGUAAUAGAGAAUAAACUUUUGGUACCCCCAAAUAAUACAUUAUUGUUGUGAAAUGUUUCUAAAGGAAGGAGCUAGACUAGCUCAUGAGUAUUGUGAUCUUAUGCCUGCUCUUUUCCUUCUGGUGGAAAAGUAAUUUGCAUUUACAGAGUACUAAUUAUUUCAUGAAUGUUUGCCCCAAAUAUAUAUUGUUAACUAAAUAUAUUUUCUUUUUACUCUUUUCUGUAUUUUCAGUUAUUGUGUGGUUAAUACAGUA